AUGCUGUGGGCACCCCUCCUCCUCAUCGCAGUUACUGCAGCAGCGCAGGAGUAUCCUCUCCAACUGCGCUCCGCCCCGCCGCUCGAGCAGUGCCGUCCCGCAACCCUUCGCUGGUCCGGCGGACAGGGCCCGUACACCCUGCGCGUGGCCGAGUGGGACGCCGCCAAGGGCAGCUCGACCUUUGGCCCGCUGCGCCGCGUGCUCGCGCAGACAUACGCCGUAGUCUACGACUGGGACGUGGACUACGCCCGGGGCACGCGGCUGUACCUCGAAGUCAUCGACGACGAUGGCGCGAUCGCCGCCUCCUCUGAGCCGAUCACGGUCGGCGAUGGACCGAGUACAUGCAAGGUCUACACCCCGCCGCCGGAGUAUGUCAACAGCCCGAGCCCCACGGCCAUGUCCUCGGCCCGGAACGCGCUCGCCUCUGCCAGCUCCGCCCGCUCCGCCCCCGGCGUCCUUGUCACUAUGGCGAGUGCCGUGAAAGGCUCUCCGUCGGAGUACACGAGCGCACGUACGGGCGUGUCCGCAGUUGGGUGGAGCCCGUCCGAGGAGACGUACAGUCCCCGCCCUUAUGAUGGGGGGCCCAUGUCGAUGCGCGAGCCGCAGACGGGCGACCCCAUCCCCCGCCCGGCCACAAAGGAGGACGACAGUGGUCCCAACGUCGGUCUCAUUGUAGGCACGACGGUGGCUGGCGUCGUGGUGCUCGCUGUCAUUCUCGGAUUGGCAGCCUGGAUCCACAGCCUGAGGAGGAAGAAUCGCGCACUCCGCGCUCGCAUUGCGUUACUCGAGAACCAGGCGCCGGUACUGUUCAAAGGGGAGGGCAAGAAGAGUCUGGAUGCGAGGUCGUCCUCGGAGCACUCGUCCGCGACCUGCGUCUGA